CAGUCUGGCUAGCUGGUUCAGAAUCGGAUGAGAGGGAUUUUCCGGAGCGACUAUGUUAAAUAUUUCGAUAGAAGCAAUGGUUAUCUCUUGCAGCCACAAGGGUUCUGUCCUGGUCCUCCGGGCUGGGGGGUGAAGCGGACGCCUCCAGGAGGUGGUAUUAUCAUUCAAGGGAUGACCAUGGGACCAAUGAACAGUGAGGCAUUCAAGACUGCAUUAGCAAAUGGAAUUCUGGCUGGACUGAAUAAUUCAGUAUACGUAUUUGCUGGUGUGGGAGUCAUUGCCCUCAUAAUUAUUAUAAUUGGAGGAUGGGAGCUUAGGAAGAUCAUCCGAAAAUCCAAACUUCCUGAUGAGGAGCAACCAAACAUCAGCCCCGUCAUUAGGAAAGCUUCUCUGGAAAAGGAGAAGAGGAUAACAAAGAAAAGAAAGAAAGAAAGGAAGGAGAAAAAAGAGGUGGAACAGAAGGAGGAAGUGGAGGAGGUUAAGGUGCAGGAGAAGAAGGCUGAACAAUCAGGGGAAGCUCCAAUUGAAACCAGAGAGAAAGCAGUACAGACAGACGGCACUCAAAAAAUAAAAUGGCAACUUUUAGAGUUUUGGAUAAAUAAAGACCUAGAAGUACAGAGACGGCGAGAGGAAGAACUAAGGGAGGAGGAGGAGUUCUUUAGCUGAGUUUACAUCAGAGCCCCUCUCUAAUAUCUACCAGAGCUACGUGUACCAGCCAGAGCUCUGCCUCUUCUGCCAGUCCUGUGUGUCCAUAUGUACCACCCCUGAGAAACCAUCUUGUAUUGUCAUCCUUCUUAUCUCUACAUCUUAUUGGGAAUUACCCAUGGUUACUAAUUAAUAAAAAUAGACCAAGUCAA